UUUUUGUUUUUAUACAAUCCUCCAAAACCAUACCAUGGGGCUGAUGAUUUGCGGCCCCCAUCAGACAAGGCAACUUUUAACCACCAAAACACAAAGUUACAGCGCACAAUCGCCUCUUAUCGCUCUUCUUCGUACAAGCCUUUGUGGAAAUGUGUGCGUAGACGCUCUCGUGGCAGUCUCUGCGUUUGGAGCAGCUUCAUAUCAGAAUUGGAGCUUCUGAUUCCAGUUCUCAUUUUGCUUUCGCCUACUGACAACGUCGCUUAAAACGUAACUACUGCGUCGUUCUUUGUCAGCGUCGGUUCAGUUAAUUUUGUGUAUAUUACUGCUGGUAAACGCCUGUUCGCCAACUUCAUAAGCACUGGAAUUUAUUUUCAUAUCGGGCGCUAUGUAAUCUGUGUUUCUAUUUUAAUAUUGCUUUAAUACCUUAUACAUAUAUUCCCACAAUUCUAAUACAUUAUUUUCGCACAAAUAAUGUGUUUUAACAUCUAUAAGUGAUAAAUGAAAGAAAGUAAAUUGCCUCCAUCAAAGAUUGGCAUGAGCUAAUACCCGCUGAGCAGUUACCGCCCACUCGCCGAUCACUUGCAAUUGUACACCCACGUUGUUAAAGCUGAGGUUUAAUCAGCUAAGCAUUACAAACUCAUAAACACUGACGCCAUAGCUUGAUAUUUCGAAUACACUAUAGUCUGCCCGUAUUAAACACACAUAUGCAUUAAAUUUAUACUAAAAUAUCGGUUGUAAGCAUUUUGCCUUAACAUUGAAACGGAAUUGUGUUUUGUGGGCGAACGAGGACAUCUUUUGCGGAAGUGGAGGUAGUUUCUACUGGGCGUACGGUUUUGUGUGCCUCUAGAUAUACCAAGUUUUUGUUCGCACGCACGAAUUGUAACCGACCCACCACCAUAACCACCCAAAAACUACUAAAUAAAAUAAAUAUAAAAGUGAUUUAACGACGUAACGUUCGCUGAAGCUAACGUCCUGCACAAUAAUUUUGCAUUUAAAUUAAGUUUUUAAUACAACCACAAGCACAACACACCAUCUGAAACAUGGAUUUAAAGUUCGUCAAUGUCAUAAUAUUGGGCUUCGGCUUUAUGUUCGUAUUCACGGCCUUCCAAACUAUGGGUAACAUUGAGAAAACUAUUUUGGAUAGUAUUGCGAAAGAGGAUAACAAUUUCACCGGUGACGGUUAUACCAGUUUGGCAGUUAUUUACACGACAUUUUCACUAUGCAAUUGGCUGGCGCCGUCCUUCAUAUCAUUUACAGGGCCACGUGUAGCUAUGUUGGCUGGAUCACUCACCUAUACUCUUUUCAUGAUCAUCUUUUUAUUUCCCUCUAAUUGGUUACUCUACCUGUCGAGCGGCAUUUUGGGCGCUGGUGCUGCCAUUACCUGGACGGGUCAGGGUAACUUCUUAGCUCGCUGCAGUGAUCUCUCCACCAUUUCGCGCAAUUCGGGUGUAUUCUGGGCGCUGUUGCAAUGCAGCAUGUUCUUCGGCAACAUUUUUGUCUACUUUCAAUUCCAAGAUAAGGAACACAUUGAUGCAGGCACACGCGGCAUGGUGAUUGGUGUGCUAACAGCUGUUGCAGUAUUGGGUAUAGUUUUCCUAGCAGCAUUGCGUCCCAUGGCUGACAACUCGGUUGGUACAUCCGAAAUGCAACGGCAGCAGCAACAACAUCGAACUGGCUGGGGCAGCGCUGUGUAUGCACUGAAAUCGGCUGGCAAUCUCUUUAUCACACGGGAUAUGUUGCUGUUAAGCGUGGCAUUCCUAUACACAGGCAUGGAAUUGUCCUUCUUCAGUGGCGUCUAUGGUCCCUCAAUAGGCUUCACAAAGAAGAUACACAAUACACCAAAGGAAAUUGUUGGUCUCGCUGGCAUUUGCAUAGGCGCUGGAGAAGUGUUUGGCGGUGGUCUCUUCGGUAUUUUAGGAAAGAAGACAACGCGCUUUGGCCGCGAUCCUAUCGUUAUUGCGGGCUAUGUCAUACACAUGAUUGCAUUUUUCUUGAUAUUCCUUAACUUGCCUGACAAUGCGCCCUUCAAGGACACCGAAGAUAUAUCCUAUAUGGACCCACCUCGCGCAUGGAUCGCUUUGUUGUGUGCAUUUAUGUUGGGUCUUGGUGAUGCCUGCAUGAACACGCAAAUCUAUUCUAUGCUGGGUGGGGUAUAUGUAAAGAACUCCGUGGGCGCGUUUGCGUUAUUCAAAUUUACGCAGUCCAUCGCCGCCGCUAUCAGCUUUUUUUACUCCUCGCAUCUUGGCUUGCGCGCUCAAUUAGGCAUUUUAGUCGUUUUCGGCACAAUAGGCACAGCCUGCUUCUGCAUUGUAGAAUGGGCGGUCAAGCGACGCCAAAGGGAAACGCCAGAAGAUUCAAGAACAGUUUCGCAAGACUCUCGCUCUGUUUCAUACGACAAAUAAGGUGAACAUAUUAAAGCCAUACCUGAACUAAAUAGAGCAUUUGAGACCUGAUCUGACAAAAACAUAAAAUUUUAAAGUUACGCCCGAAAUGUUAAAGAUACAAAAAAUAAGCCAAUUUUUAGAGUCCAAACAUUUAUUUUUCAGUAAAAAAAA